AUGGCUGCUGAUAUGGCGUCCCAAAACUCCGAUUCGACCCCUGCCAAGCUCAGUGCACCAAAGGACAAAAAUUGUCCUUACUGCCUGCAAGCUUUUACUUCUUCUUCGCUCGGCCGUCAUCUCGAUCUUUACAUAAAAGAAAAGAAUCCCAAACCACCCGAUGGUGUCCAUGAUGUGGAAGCUAUACGAAAGCUGCGAGGUGGCAUUACAAGGAGGCAGCCCCGUGGCUCUCUUGGUGGGCGCCAGGAUUCUACCCCAACAGGAACACCAAGACCUGCUCCGAAAAGGGAAGCUUCCAACCACGAGAAUGAAUCGAUGGCUGCUAAAUCCGUACCAAAGGACGGGACGUAUGCUGUUGAUUCCACUCUGAGCAAGUUCCCAUUUCUGCCCAGGUGGGAAGCGACGGGUGUCAUGAAUGACAUACCUGCAAAAGGGUCUUGGGAUGCAGAAGCUGGGUCUGAUGCAGUGAAACGACCGGGGUUGCAGCGAACAGUAAGCAAGCAGGCCGUUCAAAAGGCCCAAUUCGAUGUGAAGCAGAAGUUGGCAGAUGCCAUGGACACUGCUCGUGCCGCAGAACUCGCCCUGCGGGAGCUUGUCAGUUCCUGGAGGGCAGCCAAGCAACACAUCGACAACGGCUCCAUGCCAUUCGAUUUUGAUCCGCUGUCUCUCGACUUUCCAGCACUCACACUACAGUGCUUGCAUCCACCACCAACACUAUUCUCUUCGACGCAGCAUCCGACAUCGACCUCUUGGUCUGUGCAAUCUCCGGGUCAGCGGGAAUUCGGAGCUCUGAAAUCAUACUUUAAGGAGGAAUUUAGAGCUUGGAAAGUGACGUGUGCCGCUGCCACUACCGCAGCAUCUGAGGAACUUACCUAUCCACCAACAAGCAAUUUGCAAAAGGAUGCCCGUGAAGCUGUGAAAAAGGCCGAGAAGGCGGCGGAUAGUUUGGAGAAGUUGGUGGAAGAGCACCUGCAGUCUGCAUAUACCGUAUGGGAUUCAUUGCCUGCACAGAGGCAGCAAGAACUUUGGAUUCUAGAACUUGCACGUGGAGUGGGCAGAAAGCACAAGGAGAUGGAAAGUAUCAAAGCACAGCAACAUCGGUUGAAACAAGAGAAUGCAAAUCUAAAGAUGCAGAUCGAUCAGCUGAAUCGCCUGCAGCAGCCCCGCGAAUUCAAACUCCUAUCGCCAACAACCAUCCCCAUAGAUCGAGAUGUGAUUAGUUACGCAUAUGAACAGGGUGUGAAGGGUGGCAAGAGUGUUGGCUUCGACAUGGAGGAUCGACAUGUGGAUAUUGCGACUGUUGUUGCCAAGUCGAUUGAGCGUUGGAAGAACGUCAUUACGUCUACUCGGGUAACAUCGAGUGGAAUGAGUGCACAACGGUCAUUGGAUCAGCCAGUUCAGACGCCGGUCAAUUUGACUAGUCCGUCGGGGUCUCAAUCGCACGGCAUGCCUCAGACGAUGCAGCAGCAACACCAACAACCUGUCCCCCAGUCCAAUAUUUCGAGUGGCAAGCGAUUGUCCACAGCGAGCACCACUGGACCUAUCAGCGAACACACUGCCGCGUCCACAAGUACAACCGGUCCGCCUUCUAUUGCCGAAGAAGAGGAAGAAGACGAUGAGGAGGACGAGGAAGUUAGUGACCAGGAUGCGGAUGCCGAGAUGGAAGAUGACGACAGUUUUGCCAUUAUGAACGCUUCUCCGGUAAAGCAUGCUCACGCACCCAUGCAGCAAACCGCAUCACUUGAAGUUCCGCGAACCCGAAACCUUGUUCAACAACAAGGAGCUGCACAGGAUAUGCGUUUCAUGAUGCAGAAUGGAGGGGGAAGCCCGGCUGGCCGGUCAGCCAUGACAAUGACCAGGUCCAUGCCGAAUAUGAAUAUGGCGAUGCAAGGCAACCACAUGCAUAGCGGCGAUAUGUCAAUGAUGCAGCAAGUGCGUGGAGACAUGUACAUGGAACAGUGA